UGGCUGCACGUCCCGCGGACCCGGUGAUCCGUCCGGCGUGGACCCAGGAUGGCUGGGACGGGGGGCUCAGGGGGCCCGAUCGGGACCGGAGCCCUGGCCGGCGCCGCGCGGUCCAAGGUAGCUCCGAGCGUGGACUUUGACCAUAGCUGCUCGGACAGUGUCGAGUACCUGACGCUCAACUUCGGGCCCUUUGAGACAGUGCAUCGCUGGCGGCGCCUCCCGCCCUGCGACGAGUUCGUGGGGGCUCGGCGCAGCAAGCACACAGUGGUGGCCUAUAAAGAUGCCAUCUAUGUAUUUGGUGGAGACAAUGGGAAGACGAUGCUCAAUGACCUCCUGCGGUUUGAUGUGAAGGACUGCUCCUGGUGCAGGGCCUUCACCACUGGGACCCCGCCAGCUCCCCGCUACCACCACUCAGCCGUGGUCUAUGGAAGCAGCAUGUUCGUCUUUGGGGGAUAUACUGGGGACAUUUAUUCCAAUUCUAACUUGAAGAAUAAAAAUGACCUCUUUGAAUACAAGUUUGCAACUGGCCAGUGGACAGAGUGGAAAAUUGAAGGACGGUUGCCAGUCGCCAGGUCAGCCCAUGGUGCCACGGUGUACAGUGACAAGUUAUGGAUCUUUGCUGGCUAUGAUGGCAAUGCCAGGUUGAAUGAUAUGUGGACCAUUGGUCUGCAGGACCGAGAGCUCACAUGCUGGGAGGAGGUGGUCCAGAGUGGCGAGAUCCCACCAUCGUGCUGCAACUUCCCAGUGGCUGUUUGCAGGGACAAGAUGUUUGUGUUCUCAGGGCAGAGUGGAGCCAAGAUAACCAACAACCUCUUCCAGUUUGAAUUCAAGGACAAGAUGUGGACACGCAUUCCCACUGAGCACCUGCUUCGGGGCUCCCCGCCGCCCCCCCAGCGGCGCUACGGGCACACGAUGGUGGCCUUUGACCGCCACCUCUAUGUGUUUGGGGGUGCAGCUGACAACACUCUGCCCAAUGAGCUACACUGCUAUGAUGUGGACUUCCAGACCUGGGAGGUUGUCCAGCCCAGUUCGGACAGCGAAGUUUGUGGGGCUGAGGUGCCAGAACGAGCAGCUGCUUCUGAGGAGGCACCUGCCCUGCCCUCUGACGAUCGGGGCGGCUUCAAGAAGUCCCGAGAUGUGUUUGGCCUGGACUUUGGCACCACGAAUGCCAAGCAGCCAUCCCCACCAGCCUCAGAGCUGCCCAGCGGAAGGCUCUUCCACGCGGCUGCUGUGAUCUCGGAUGCCAUGUAUAUCUUCGGGGGCACCGUGGACAACAACAUCCGUAGUGGGGAGAUGUACAGGUUCCAGUUUUCCUGUUACCCCAAGUGCACGCUCCAUGAAGACUAUGGGCGGCUAUGGGAGAGCCGUCAGUUCUGUGAUGUGGAGUUUGUGCUGGGUGAGAAGGAGGAGUGUGUUCAGGGCCACGUGGCCAUUGUCACAGCACGAAGCCGCUGGCUCCGCAGGAAGAUAGUACAGGCGAAGGAGCGACUGGCCCAGAAGCUGGAUGAGGAGGCAGCUCUGGCUCCCAGGGAAGCCCUUGGUGUGGCCCUGGGUGGGGCUCGGCCACCCCUGCUGCAUGUGGCCAUCCGAGAGGCCGAGGCCCGGCCCUUCGAGGUUCUCAUGCAGUUCCUCUACACCGACAAGAUCAAAUACCCGAGGAAAGGCCAUGUGGAGGACGUGCUGCUCAUCAUGGACGUGUACAAGUUGGCACUGAGCUUCCAGCUGUGCCGCUUGGAGCAGCUGUGCCGGCAGUACAUCGAGGCCUCUGUGGACCUGCAGAACGUGCUGGUUGUGUGUGAGAGUGCUGCCAGGCUGCAGCUGGGCCAGCUGAAGGAGCACUGCCUGAACUUUGUGGUGAAGGAGUCCCACUUCAACCAGGUGAUCAUGAUGAAGGAGUUCGAGCACCUCUCAUCCCCACUGAUUGUGGAAAUUGUUCGGCGAAAGCAGCAGCCACCGCCCCGCGCCCCCUCAGACCAGCCUGUGGACAUUGGCACCUCUCUGAUCCAGGACAUGAAGGCAUACCUGGAGGGAGCAGGCGCAGAGUUCUGUGACAUCACGCUGCUGCUGGAUGGGCACCCUAGGCCAGCCCACAAGGCCAUUCUGGCUGCCCGCUCCAGCUACUUUGAGGCCAUGUUCCGGUCCUUCAUGCCUGAGGAUGGGCAGGUAAACAUCUCCAUUGGGGAGAUGGUGCCCAGCAGGCAGGCCUUCGAGUCCAUGCUACGCUACAUCUACUACGGUGAGGUCAACAUGCCUCCUGAGGACUCGCUCUACCUGUUUGCGGCCCCCUACUACUAUGGCUUUUACAACAACCGGCUGCAGGCAUACUGCAAGCAGAACCUGGAGAUGAAUGUGACAGUGCAGAAUGUGCUGCAGAUCCUGGAGGCGGCUGAUAAGACGCAGGCGUUGGACAUGAAGCGGCACUGCCUGCACAUCAUCGUGCAUCAGUUCACUAAGGUCUCCAAGUUGCCUACGCUGCGCUCCUUGAGCCAGCAGCUGCUGCUCGACAUCAUAGACUCCCUGGCCUCCCAUAUCUCUGACAAGCAGUGUGCAGAGCUGGGCGCCGACAUAUAAGGGCCCAGGCGGUGUCAGCCCACACGUGAAUGACCAUGCCUGCUCUGCCCCUUGCGAAAACUGCUGGCAAUCCUCAGGCCUGUGACAGAGUGGUCAGACCUGCCGGCCAAAAGGGUGCCUAGAGCAUCAGAAGAGAGCUGAGAGGACAAGGGGGGCUCCAAAUGCCCCAUUUCAUUGCUGACAACACAGGUUCCACAGGAAGUGGAUGGUGAAGAAGGCUCCCCGGAUGGCAUCCUCUCCUGGGGUGGAGAGGUGGGUGGGAAGCUAGGGCCUAGUGAUGAUAGCAAGAGAAGGGGUCCAGGCCAGGGCCCAGCAAUGGGGAGAGCCCACCAGGGAGCUGGCUUUGGGGCCUCCACCCAGCAGGGACCCAGCAUAGCUUGUGGAUCUGACCACAAAGUCAUGUUGCAAAGAUCUCUUUGAUGUGGGGGCCACACAGCACCCCCUCACCAAGGUUGGUGUAAGGGGGCUCCUCCUAUCACCUGGAGCUUGUGUGUGGGCAAGAGUUAUGGGCAGAUGGACUCUGAUUCAAGAUGAAUUUUGGUGCCCUUCAAGAUGAAUUAUGGAGUGUGAAGGGCCCUGAGGUCAGCGUCCAGCCCACAGGGCCAACCACACUGGACUGGGCCUGGAUUCCAGAGGGGCUUCAGGAUCCCAUAUACCUGUGUGUACAUCAGUGCCCUGGGCUGUGCUAAGGAAAAGUCAGUGAAGAUAUCCUCCACUAAGUAUUCUGUCACAGACAUGCCUCCAUUAAAGACACGGCAGUGCUACCUACUCACAACUUGUUGACACAGUCCCCACUGUGGGCUCUGGCCACAGCCUAUGGCCCUCCCAAAGCUGUGGACUGGCCAUCUGGCCUGCUUGCUUGGAAUUGGUCAGUUUUGCCUGGUUCUUUAUCCAUGUCAGCAAUUUCCCACUUCCACCUGAGGCAAUCUAGACACAUGGGGGAAGGGGCUGUGGCAGGAAUCUAAAGGCUGGAGUUUAAGCCUGGGGCGACCCCCCUCCUCCCAUAUGCUGUACUGCAGGCUCCUGCAUGGGCUGGAAAUGCAUCCCUCCCUGUUCCGACAGAAGGCCCUGUGUGAUUCUACCCCAAUGGGGAAGGCACUGUUCUGCCUUUCUGAGAACAAGAAUCCCAGGGACCAUUCUGUCCCAGCUGCUGUAAGCCACUUUGGUGGAAAUGAUCUCUCUUCCCUGCCUCAAAACUCAUUUCCUUCCUCUGGUUGUGUCUCAUGCAACCAUAGUACCUGCCAUUCCUCAGACCUUGUUGAAGAGCCUGGAUGCAGGUGGAUGGGGAGCCCUGCUGGCAGGCUAGCACCCUUAGGCAAGGGGAGCCUAGCCUAAGCCAGAAAAUGAACCUGGGGACCUUGGGGAACAAUCUGCAAACCCUGUUCUACAGCGGACCAAAUUGUGUGGCAAUUCACAGGACUAGAAUUCAGCUGUGCUCUUGGGGCUGUUGUGUCCAAGGCCCAUCAGAGAUGUCACCUGUGCAAUUAAAAUUGCUCCAUAUACUGACGUUUGCCAUGAUUACAAAUGCAGGAGACCUUCUAAAUUCCAGUCAAGUUGAUGAAAAAUGGGGACACAGGUUGAGGUCAGGACUGCUGUUGCGUGGUUCCCCCAAUUCUCCAGGGACCAGAAAUGUUAUUUGUUGAGCUUACUUGCCAAGCAUAGUAGCCCCAGGAGGUCAGAAAUUGCCAUUCUUGUCUGUCUGCAGAUGAGAUAGGCCCAGUAGUGAGUAGGGGGCUGGCCUUCAGGCUAGGACUCAGGCUGGGCAGACUGGGCCUGUUGCUGGAAGUCUGUGUCUCUGCAAAGAACAGUCUGGUAUGGAUUUUAGGAGUGUUUUCAAAGGAACUAGCUUGCUUAAGUCAAGGCCAUUUCAGAUGCCAAAGGAAGGGUGCCUAGUGCUGCCCCCAGCCUCGACUCACACCAUCCCAUCCCUCAGAGAAACCCGUGGGGCACAGAGCUGUAUGGGGAGGGGUGGGCAAGGUCCCACAGUCCAGAGCUUGGACUCAGGGUCUGCAGCC